GUGGAUAACCAAUCGUUUUUCAAAUCUCUGAUAGCUACUUUACCAAAAUGGAUACAUCAAUUUCAAAAAUCAAAACAUGAAAAUAUAUUAUAUACCAAUCCUGAUUACCUAUUUCAAUUAUUAUGGUUUUUGAAAUAUCAUACCAAUACACGUUUUCAAGUCUUGAUUGAUAUUUGUGGAGUUGAUUAUCCUUCUCGAAAACAAAGAUUUGAAGUAGUUUAUAAUUUACUAAGUAUUCAAUAUAACUCACGCAUUCGUGUACAAACCAGUGUGGACGAAAUAACUCCAAUUUGUUCGGCAGUCAGUAUAUUUCCGUCAGCCGGCUGGUGGGAGCGAGAAGUUUGGGAUAUGUUUGGUGUUUAUUUUUCUAAUCAUCCUGAUUUACGUCGUAUAUUAACAGAUUAUGGUUUUGAGGGUCAUCCAUUACGAAAAGACUUUCCUUUAAGUGGAUAUGUGGAAGUACGUUAUGAUGAUUCAGAGAAACGUGUGGUUUCUGAACCUAUUGAGAUGACUCAAGAAUUUCGCUAUUUUGAUUUUGCUAGUCCUUGGGAACAAAGUUCGCGUAGUGACAAAUCGAGUAAAAAGUAA